AUGACCAACGCCAACCCCGUCAACUGGCUCUUCCUUGCCGAGCUCUGUGUCGUGGUCAUUGUGACCGCGGCAUUUCUGUUCUACUGGAACAGGUUACUCGGCAGUGCCAUUGCAGCGGUCAUUCGCAUCAUCUCAUGGCGCGCGUUCAACGUGUACAUUGUCAUCGGGUCGUUCCAAAUCUCCCCGCUCGCGGGACGCAUUGCGUUCCGCGACGUAGAGUACCACUCGAGCAACAUAUCGUUUCGCGCACUCCAUGGUAACAUUACGUUUCGGUACUGGAAGCCUCGCGUACGCCAGGACGACGACUCGGAAUCGUCGAACCCCAAGCGAGCACGCCUGCCCUGCCGAAUCGUCGUCAAUGCCGAAGGUGUUGAAGCCUUCUUUUACAACCGUACACCAGCAUACGAUGCCAUCGUGGAGCGCAUGAAGAAGCACGAGCGCGGAGCGGCCGAUGCGCGUGGCGAGGACUCGUCGCCGCCUUCCGACGCCGCAAACGCCUCACGAAGUAACGGUGCGCGUCUGCGCAAGCGACCAGCCAUGUCGCGCGAUCAGUCGUCCAACUCGUCCAAACCGACGACGAGUACGGAUGAGAUUGCAGCUCCCAAGCCCGAGACGCCGGCCGCCGCCACCGACACGAGCGCCCCGCUGGGCCUCUCGUGGUUUAUGGAGUCUCUCCCGCUCGACAUUCGCAUCGUCACGGGCUCGAUUGUCCUUGGAAGCGACGCGACGCCCAUGAUCCUCAUUGCCGACUUUAAGCGUGCCAGCGGCAUUGUCGAGGUCACGGACGCCAGGUCCAUUUGCGACCUGUACAAGACGAGCUACAACCUGCAGCUGCAGGACCUGACCGUCUUGAUGCGCACAAAUCCCGACCACUCGGGCACGCUUCUGGCGCACGGAAAGCGGGUGUACGACGAGCUGCUUAACCGCAAGCCCGAGCUGGCCGAGCAAACACCGUCGUCCAUCUCGACGCGGUCCGGAUUCCACUGGAUCGCAAAGCUCGUGCCACAGAUAUUCGACCUGCCCUCGGUGCCCGUUGGCGUCCCUACGGACCGUGUUUGGAAGGGACUGGCGCGAUACCGCUUGGAUGAGACCGAGGGUUCUGUCAAGCAACGCGAAGAGCCACAGUACGCCAAGGUCGCGACGCUCCUCACGACGCGCGCAAUGGACAUUACCUAUGCGUCAGAUGCGCCUGGCCCCGUCCCCGAGUCGGCGGACGCAUGCGAUAUCGACCCCACAGACCAGAUUGGCAACAUUGAGCCACCGCCAGAAUACGGUGUCGACAUUGUGCUGCAUGGUGGAAACAUCAAUUACGGACCGUGGGCCGAUCGGCAGCGCGACGCGCUCCAAAAGGCGUUUGCCCCCUCCAUCUUCUUCGACUCGGAGCCUCGAGCACGGUUACGGGCCGGCGAAACGCGUGUUCACUCGACCAUGGUGGUGAACGUGACCAUGACAGAAAAGACGACGCUGCGCAUCCCCACGCGCGAGCCGUCAAAGAACUGGCAGUUUGACAACGUCAAGGGCCCCGUCGAACGCAAGUACGGCUGGCUCGACGUUGUUGUCGGUCCCAACUCGUCCGUCUGCUACACGCAAGCGCAAGUCGCCACGCAGCACGGGUACGAUUCCAUGAUGGUUCUCCAUCUCGACUCUCUCGACAUUGCUUCCAGUGUAAACCUACAAUCGUUUGUUGUCGCCAAGGCUUGUAAACUAUCAAUGACCAUGCCAACGCCGCUCGUGUGGGACGCGCAGCGUAGCUGGGGCAUUGACAUGACCCUCGACACACCAGAUAUCCUGCUCAUGCGCGAGCACGUUGCUCUCAUUUCCGACCUGUCUCGUGACUGGAGCGGCGCGACGACAGGUGACUUUCGCCACUUUGUCCCCAUGCACUACAGCUUCCGAGUGUCCAUGGUCAACUAUGCCCUCCACCUCUUUAUCAACGACUUUAACAUUGUCGACGUGCCACGGUCUCGAGACCAUAAUGCCUUUGUUGACAUUGCCGGUCCACGACUGGACGCCUGCGUUGCCGUCUCGUCCACGCGCUACCGCCCCGAGUUUUCCAUUGUUCCAUUCACCAUUGAGGCCAAGGACGCGCGCGUCGACGUUGGCCUCCCCAACUGGGACACGCACCGCACGUUUGGCCGCGGCGGAACCCUCGAGGUCGGUAAAGUCAACGACCUCAAAGUGUCGGGCUCGUACCGGUACUAUUCAAUGCCCAAACCCGACCAUGUGGAAAUGCUCAAACUACACAUUGAGGGCGAGCGCGUCGCGUUCAAGGCGCUCGGUUGGGUUGUGCGCCGCCUCUUCUGCGUAAAGGACAACUACUUCGGCAACUUUACCCAGUUUUCCACCAUGCAGGAGUUUCUGGAAAAGUUUGACCACAGCCCAGACUCGGUCGGCGACCCCAUCAUUCAGAAAUACCGACCGGGCCGUUCAGACUCGUUUGCGGUGCACCUCACCGUCGACGUGCGUGACUCCUUGGUCCUCAUGUCGGACGAGAUAUACGGCGUCGACAACGGCAUUGCCAUCCCCGUCCCGCACCUUCAGCUUGACCUCAAGACGGGCGAGUUCCAAAUGGACAUGACGCUCGACGCCGCGCCAACGUAUGCGAUUGCGUGCGACAGUAUCGACGACGCGUUCAAGGCUGGUUCUGGGCCACUGGCACGGUCCCAGGACGUGGUGUUCGUUGAGGGUAUCGUCAUCAAGGCGAACCGUCUCUUUGGCCCGCAACCCCGUGCCACAACAUACUUUUGUCUGUGGGAGCUCAACUUUGCGCGCAUUUCAGCAUUCCUCUCGCCCGAGUUCAAGGAGCGCUUGGCAGGCGUCGGGUCUGCGGUCGGGUGUACGUUUACCGACCGGGACAAUGCGCCUGCAUCAAUCUACUUGGCCAAGACGCCUCCAGAUGCAACGUUUGUAAAGUUGACAAUCGACCACGUCACUGCGCUCCUCUCCGAAGGCUCGUCGGCCAUCGCGAUCGAGCUGCCACGGGGCAUCUUCAUUGACACGAGCUCCAUGGCGUCCCAAUCGUGCGGCUCGGUCAUGGGUUUGGGCCUGCCGAGCAUAUCGGCCCAUAUCCUCCGCCGUGCACCGCAUCACAGGCGCUGGGAUCCCGUUGGUACCCUCGGCACCGGUGUGUCUGUGGACAUUUACAAGGUACCCAAGGGCUGGGAGGCCGAGGCCAAGAAGCAGCAAGAGUUUAUGAAGGAGCAAGACGAGCCGACGAUGCGUGUUCCCUUCCUUUGGGGCGGCACCGACAAGCACCCGGACGAGCUAGGCGUGCACGUCAGCGGCAUUUAUCUCCCACGACCUCAAAAGCCUGACAUCGGUUGGCCAGAACCGUCAGAGGCAGAUUCCGCCGAGGACCGUCUCUUGGACUAUGACUCGUCGUCGCCUGGUACCUCGAGCGACGACCAUUCCAUCGCGACGAGUAUCCCGCUCUCACGCAUGUCGCGGAAACGCCGGUCACGCGGCGCCAUGCCGGCUGUGGACGAGGACUCGCUCGGUGACGAGUCUGACAGCGUCUCGAGCGUGUCCACUGCCUCGUCGCACUCGACGACAAAGACCAGUGGCACUGGCAUUCUGCCCGACCCAGCGGCCAUCCUGGAAGACCGGCUCCAGUCAUUCCGCCGCAUCCACCAGCGUGCGCGUCGUGUCUUUGACCAUGCGACGCCUGGGCGGGACACGGUCGACGACCCGACUAAUGACGACAUGCCCUUCUCCUCUCUCACGAUCACGGACGGGGCCAUUUUCCGUAUCAACCUCGAAAAGACAAUGGUGGACUUGAACCCUGCAACAGUGUUCGCAGCACAUGCUGUCAUGGUUGCCAUGGGCGCGGUGCAAACACCGACCGAGGCGCUUCUUGACCAGCUGCUCACCAGCCACGUCUCUGCCGUACUCAAAGACAGCACGGAGCGUGGCUCGGCGCUAUACGACAUCAACCUUCCUUCCCUCGACGUACGCGUGGCCCAUGGCCGCUACAGCAGCCCCGACUCGCUCGUCCAGCUUUCGCUCACGGGUACAAACUGCCGUGUGGUACAGACCCCCGUGCCCGACUCGGAAGCAUCGACGACAGACGCCUCGGUCGGAGUCAAGACUCUAGCCGUCACUGUCUCGCGGCACCAGACUGGCGCAUCGAGUAUCUCCCUUCUCGACGUCCCGUCCAUUGCUCUCGAGGCCCGACACGACAAAACCAUCCCCUUUGUCCACCUCUCUACCCUCGACCUGGGCCUGACAUUCCACAACGGGGCAAGCGACCAAACGAUCCAGGUCAAGAGUCGGGACAUCUCGGUUCAUGGAGCCACAGCAAGUGUCCCGGUGAUCUCAUAUCUCCUUGACGAGUGGCAACCAGUCUUCAAGAGUCUCAAGGACAAACCCGCCGGCUAUACGUUUGCGGACGCCAUCUACGACAUUGUAAACGAGACGGUCAGCAACAGCAACUCCAUGUCGUUGCCUGCGUUCAUGUACGAGGGAUCGUACGGUCUACACGUCAGCGACCAGCGUAACAUUCGCAAAGACUUUGGUUGGUUCACCUUGUCGCGUCUCCGCCACUGGUACCGCUUGGCCCAAAGGGAGCACCUUACUCCGCCCCCGUCGACCAAGCCGCAUCCAUCACGUGCCGAGAUGGCGCGUGCCGCCGUCGCGGAGCUGCUCAAAAUCGACGAGGCCUUUGGCGUCGGCGAAGAGUUGAUUGUGUCGCAGCCAUUCCUUAUCAAGGCGUUUGGCAAAGACCUCAAGACGGCAGGACAGCAACCCGCCCCGCCCAAGAACAAGUCGCGAGGCAUCUUUGUCAAUGCCGAUUCUGUUUCGGUGCGCCACCACGGUCGUUUGCUCGAGAACAACUCCAUCGUCCCAAGCAUCCUCCUCAUUGAGGGCACGACCAUUGCGAGCCAAACGACGGUCACCUAUGACAACGGCGGUGUUCCAACGACCGACGUGCGCACCCACGUCACCGUGCAGAACACAAACCUCGACCUGCGCAACAGCUUCCUUGCGGCACACGAGGCCAUCCUCACGCAUUUCCAGACGCACCGCAAGGAGAUUCACGAGGAAUUCCACGAGAUCCCCGUCGUCCAGACCUUUGACCACGCCUCUGUUAUUGUGGUGGACAUGAACCUUGGCAAGAUCGGAACGUCCAUCACUGCCGGCGGACUAUGUCUUGACCUCGGCAUUGAAGGCGCCCAAGGUUCCGCCACUAUCGAGCGCGGCCAAACCACCGAUCACGACCACAACAUGCAUCACAACCAAGAGCACAAUGCGGCAUUCCUCAACUGCUCCUCCGUCUCGGCGGUGCUGCGAGAGGCCGCAGACGAGGACCGGCGCGUCGAGAAUACCGAGCGCGUUCUGGUCACCAGUGCCCUGCGCGGACUGCGUUUCACCGCCGACACGAACCGCAACAGUGCCAGCAGCAAGGCGGAAUGCCGGUUGUUGCUUGGCGUCGAGUCUUUAGACUUUGACUCGCGCCCACAACUCAAGGCGUUCUACGACUUUGGCCGGGACUGGCGCGAGACGCAUUAUCCACUAUACGAACCGGCGUUUGAGCAGCUCAAGGCCGUCCUCGACCAACGUCGCUCGGAAAAGUCCACUCCCAGAACCACGACGCCGAGUGUUACGCCCAAGCCACACGGGCUGGCACCGUCGUGGGAGGAACCGUCGUCCAGGCCAUCGUUGACCGAGUCCAUGAUGAUCGACGUCUACAUUGGCGCGGUACACAUGCAGGCUCGCGCUGCCAAGGGCCUUUGGCUCGGCUGGGACAUGGGCCAGGUGUACAUUACGCGUCAAGGCUCCAACGACCUCAUCCAGUUUGGCCUCCGUGUCGAGCCACAAGUAGUGGGCGCGUACACGACCGCCAAGCGCAUCAGGACAAAGGACUCUUCGAUCGUGCGCCUGCCCUCCAUCAUGGCGACGGGCACGUACAAGAAGGAGGACGGUCGCCCGCACCUCACCACCAUGGUCAACCUCGGCAUGUUUACCGGUAUCAUCAAGCCAGCCGUCCUCGACCGCCUGCUUUCCCUUCACCAGCGACUUGGCAACGACGUCAUGGAAGUUCUCCGAGAGUACCGCGGCCAGCAGCAGCCGACGACGCCGCCCGAGGUGGUGACGCCCCCGAACCCAACUCCGCUCAUCUUCCGCGUGCAGGCGAGCAUCGCCGGAGUGCGUGUGGGUCUGCGCGCCGACGACGUACCGACCACACUCAUGUUCGAGGCCCUCGAGUUGAACGCUUCAGCCAGUAACCUGGACGGCAAGUCGCUGCAGUGGAAUGCAAAGGCCAACCAUGUCGGCCUGUCGCUCAUUCGCCUGACCGACGGCGGAUCGUACCAAAACGCCCAGCCUCUCAGGGGCUCGAGGUCGGUCUCGAUGAUGUUUGACAUUGCCGCGGGCGAGACGCCAGGUGCCGACAAUACGCCAUCCAAGCUCUCCAUCAGCUUUAGCCGUGUCCACACGGUCAUGCACGUCGCUGCUCUGAGCGAAGUGAGCGACCUGAUCCGCAGUUGGUCCUCGGACAUUUCGGUCCUGCGCGAGGUCCACGCGCAGGAGAUGGCCGAGGUCAAGGAACGCACCACGCGCGUUCUCAAGAAGAUUGAGACGAGCAGCUCCAAUCCGGCUUUGAGUGGUAGUGGUGCGUCGACCGUCGCCGAUAAUGCCAUGGCCAUCGAGACGUGGUUUUCCAGGCGUGUCCUCACCCUCGAUGUGUCUGGUAUCGGAGUCGCUAUCCCUCUGGAUCACGGUACCACCAUCGACUUUGGCAAGAGCGCAGGUGGAGGCGGACCGGCACUCCUCUACUCCAUCCGCAUGAUCAGCCUCACCACGAGUCGUAACGAGACUGCGCGCUUCCGCGUGCAGCAGACCUCGCUGCAGUUCCUGGAGAAGUUUGACGCUGGAAUCGCCGAGCACUUUUCGGGUGCUUUCCACACCACGUCAAACCGCAUGGUCCUGCCCACUAUUGAAAUGGAGGGCCAGAUGUCGUCCACUGAUGACUCGUGGAACAUCAAUGCCCACUGCUCGGCAACCGACUUCAAGCUGUCGCUCACACCCGACAUUGCCGACGGUAUCGCUUCCCUCGUUGAAAUGUACGACCAUGGCAAGGUGCAGCUCCAGCAGAUGGAACGCGAUUACCUCACCGAGUGGGCCAAGACCGAGGGCGAGCAGCCAGAGUCUGUGGCAACAAAGUAUGAUGCCGACGCUCUGCCGAAAAAGUCAAAGCACCUCGUCGUUCACAUGUCGUUCCGCUUUGACAGCGGUCUGGUCGAGCUUCACCGUCCCAUCCACAUGCCCGACGCCAACCCAGAGAACCCAGUCUCUGCCCGCUACCGUCCCCGACGCAUCCACCACGACUCAUUCUUCCUCCCCACCGUUUCCAUGUGGAUGGACUUUAACGGCCCGGAUGUGGCGACCACAGAUCAAACGGGCGCCUUGCUGUUCAACAUUGCGGUCCACGAGAGCCGAAACGUCCUGCGUCCCACCAUCCUGCCGUGGUUUGUCGAAAUGGUCAACCGCAUCGAACAACGCUCCAAGUCGCAUGUGGCGCGGCGGCCAGCGUUGCCCAAGGCAACGAGCGCCGAGGCGGUCCCCAUCGCCGAACGCGCGCUGGAGCAGUUUGAGAAGAUUGAAAACGUCAAGAGUAACAAGCUCAAGCUCCGUGUCACGCUCCGUAUCGACCGGUCCGAGCUGCGCCUGUCCUGUGCCCCAGACUCGAACGCGUACAUCGACCUCAAGUGGGAGAGUGGUGGUUUUGCCGUCUCGACUCUUCUCGGCGGCAAGGACCAAACCUCGCUCGCUGGUGCUGUCUCGGGUGUCACGGCGUAUCUCAGUCACGAGUUUGCUGAACAAGGACGUGGGUGCGUCACGGCUGGUGCCAAGGACCUCGCAUUCUCGGUCACCCUGUGCUCGCAGGAUGUCGAACAACGCGGCCUGUCGAUUGUCCUCGACACCGAGAUUGCCGUCCAGUUCCGUCUCGAGGCGUUCAGUGCGUGGCUCAUCUUCAUGUCCGUGUGGGUCGACAAUGCCCCCAAGCUCGACUCUUUCCUCGCCACCGAUCCCACUCCUGCCGCCGCCAUCGUCGCGCCAGUACCCGCCAGCAGCUCCAACAACUCGAAACUGGGUGUCGUGGCACUUAUCCGCUUCCGCAGCGUGGACUUUGAUGCCAACGUCGCAGUCACUCAGGCGCGGCUCCAGAUGACGCCCAUUGUCAUCCGCACAGUGUCCAACGGGGAGAGAACCGAGUUUGACCUCAACAUCGGCGUUACAAAGGUCACUGCCGAGGGCGACAUUUCGGGCGACAUUUGCUCUCAGAACCUGCGGUUCGUCACGGUGCGCCGCUCAAAGCGUUCGACCGCCACUUCUGAAAGCAACGUCUUGUCCAUGGCGAUCGAGGGCGGCGAUCUGCGUGGCAACAUGUUCAUUUCCGGUAUGAACAUUGUCCGCUUCCAACUCGAGCCGUCCAGAGUCACGCUCGAGGACGAUUGGGCCGCCCACUCGCUCGACCCAUCUGCCCAAGUCGCGCUCAACUUUAUUGUCAAGGCCGGCAACUUCAGUGGCGUCCUCCGCCUGCCCGCCAUCCCUCGCCUCCUGGGCGACUUUUACUCCAUCUUUGACAUGGUCGAGUCCCAGAAGAAGAUUGCCGUCCAGCGUUCUGAGACGUUCAAGGCACGCCAGAAGCGCGGGGAGGACAGCAUUACACCCAUGACCACUGUCGUCCUGCCACAGGCUCCCAAGCGCGCCAUGUCUGGCCUGGGCGUGCCCCAGCACACGUCACAGGUGGUCAAGACGGCCCAAAUGAUGCGCUUCGAGCUCAGCGGUAUUGACAUUGGCAUCUUCAGCGAGGACUAUGACGACGGUACCCCGGCCGACUUCUACCGCUUCUACAUUGGCAAGAUCGAGGCCGACCUCAAGCGUCAAGAGAGUAACGAAGGCUUACCCCUCCGCGACUUGCUCCUGCACGUCUCGUUUGUCGAGUGGCAAACGAGUGAUGGCCAGCGUGCCACCAGAAUCGAGACACACGACAUGACCCCACGCACGCUCAUUGACGAGGCCAUCAAGCCAGGUCACCGUGACGUGGUCGUCUUGCCGCUCAUGACCCUCAGGAUGAAGUCGACCGAGCUCAAAGACCCCAACCAGCUCGACUAUGACUUUGACCUCGUGUGGGGUCAGACCGAUGGUGAUAUCAAGAUCCUGCCCAACUUCUUCGAAGCCGCGUUCAAGUCGUUCCGCAAGCUCCUGCGCGGCAUCGACGAGCAGCAGGUCCGCCGCGCUCGUCGUCGCGGUAUCGUUCACGCCGCCUCGUCGGCCAAGCUCCGCAAAGCCGAGGCUGCUGGCGAGACGCUUCCGGACGACAAACCUCCCGAGCUCAUCUACCACCGUCGCGGCACCGGCCCAUUCAACAACCCCGUCCCCAAGCUGCGCGCCCUGGGCGAGACGACUGGCGAUGCGGCCAUGAUGAUCCCCCGUAUCAAGGGUGCCGUUGGCGAACUGCCAGCCUACUCGCACCGCUUCGUCACACUUCCGCUCGAGGACGGCAUGGAUAUAUUACUCAAGCUCUACGAAAAACAACUGCCCGAAAUCGCAUCGUAG